GAAUUGAGGAGCCCAUUGGAAAAAACAGAAGCAAAUAUAUUUUUAUGUAAAAAUAGAAACGGAAUAAUAUAGUAACAAAAAGAUACUCUCUUCAACCUUAUCCAUUCUUCGCCACUUCUCCCACUAAUCCGCUAAAUCAUUCUUCUUCAUCUCUCUCUCAUUCACAAUUCCCGAAAUUCUCUCAAAUCACAGAUCCUUUUAGGGUUUUUCCACUGUUUCUAGGUUUUUUUUAUUGCUCAAAUCUGAUCAAUGGAUAGUUGUCUCUCUAAUCAAACGGCGCUUCAGUUUCUCCCGUCGCGUUCCAGGAGACAGAGCGGCGAUGGAGGCGGUGGUUUUGUUAUUCCGGCGAAGAGGAAGAUCCAGUAUAGUUCGAUGGUUGUGGUUGCGGCGGCGGGACAGAGUCGGUGUGAGCCUGGAAGCAGUCUAAACGCGCCGCUUGAGCCACGAUCGGCGCAGGGGAGGUUUCUGAGAAGCGUGUUGCUAAACAAACGGCAGCUAUUUCAUUACGCCGCCGCUGAUGAGCUAAAGCAACUGGCUGAUGAUAGGGAAGCUGCUUUAGCUCGUAUGUCUCUCAGCUCUGGUUCCGAUGAGGCUUCUCUCCACAGGUCCGUGAAACCUUUCCUUAUCUAAUCUCUCACAAUUCAAAGAUCCGUAAACAGCUGUAGAAUUAUAAACAUACAAAGAAAUAUGUGUAAAUCAUUACUUACAUACUCUUAUUUAAUCGACCACAAAUCAGUAUUUUAUUAGUAUUUAUCACAUAAGCUUGUAAAGUUUGAUUAUAAGUUGUUUGAUGGUGUUUAUCAGUUUAUGAUGAUUUGAGAAUCACACUAAUGAUAUGGUUGAAUUGAAACAAGAGAAUUCUGUAGUUAUGAUCUUCAGAAGGAUAGCUGAACUCAAGGAACGCUACUGUAAAACUGCAGUCCAAGACAUAAUGUACAUGUUAAUCUUUUACAAAUACUCCGAGAUAAGAGUCCCUCUUGUUCCAAAGCUAUCCAGAUGCAUCUAUAAUGGAAGACUCGAGAUCUGGCCUUCAAAAGACUGGGAGUUAGAGUCAAUUUACAGCUGCGAUACCCUUGAGAUCAUCAAAGAACACGUUAGCGCAGUCAUCGGAUUACGGGUCAACUCAUGUGUGACUGACAAUUGGGCAACAACGCAGAUACAGAAACUGCAUCUCAGGAAAGUAUAUGCUGCCUCGAUCUUGUACGGUUACUUCUUGAAAUCAGCUUCCCUAAGGCACCAGCUUGAGUGUUCCUUAUCAGAUAUUCAUGGAAGCGGAUAUCUGAAAAGUCCCAUCUUUGGAUGCUCAUUCACAACGGGCACUGCACAGAUCUCCAACAAGCAGCAGCUGAGACAUUACAUCUCAGACUUUGAUCCCGAGACAUUGCAGAGAUGCGCAAAACCAAGGACAGAGGAGGCAAGGAAUCUGAUAGAGAAGCAAAGUUUGGCUCUUUUUGGCACGGAAGAGAGUGAUGAGACCAUAGUGACAUCGUUUUCGAGUCUGAAGCGGUUGGUUCUCGAGGCUGUGGCGUUUGGGACAUUCCUGUGGGACACGGAAUUGUAUGUAGAUGGUGCAUAUAAGCUGAAGGAGAAUGGGAAUGCAGAAGAACAAGAAGGAAAGAAAAGCAUAUGAUGAACAAGUCUGGUUAGAAGAAAAGCUUCAUGAUCUUCUGGUAGUGUAUAUAUAGAGAAAUGUUUCUGCCGAAUCUCUCAGGCAGUUGUUCAGUUCAAUGUAUAGAUCUUGCUUAGAAAUAUUUUGAUUUCUGAAUAAGAAUGUGGUGUGGUUAUAAGGAAUAAGAGAUACUGUAGUUGGGUUCAAUUUUAUGUUAUGUGUUAAGUUUCCUUGUUCAAUUUGAUCUUUCUCCUUUUGUC